AUGGCUGGCGGUCAGUCUGAGGAGCCAGGAGACCGGACAUGGCAGGUGAACCCAGAUGCAGGAACCUUGCAAGGAUGGGGCGCGUUCGCGGCUCCGGUGGAAGCUGCUCCUGCACACGUAUCCGCGAGCCGUCGCGAGAUGCCAUACGCCCAGUACGACGUUCCAAAAACGUCUGGAGAUGAAGAGGGAGAAGAUUCUGUGGACGCCUGCAAGCUUCAGGCACUUUUGUGUGAUACUGGUGCUCUCUUCGAGGUCUGCCAACAUGCAGUUCUGAUUGCGACCCAGUCGGAAGCCGCGUCAUCCCGGCUGACCAGCGUGGAUAUGCUUCAGGUAGCUUUGAACCACAUAUGCCGGCACUGCGGAAUUGACUCCGUGGACAGGGAAGAGGCCGAUGAGCUUUGGGAUGGUCCAAUGGAUGCGGGUGUUUUCUAUCAGUUUGCACGCGAGUACUUCAGUUCCUUGUGCCGCGUCCUCACGAUGGAUGUUUCACUCUUGCAGAAUGAGUGA